AUGAAACCCAAAUUUGGUUCCGAGACUAAACCAUUCCUGGAAGAUGUCGAGUCUUCUAAGCCUCCAAAUCCAUUUCAAUUUAAGAAAAACGAGUAUUAUGGAAGCCAAAAACCAAUAUUGAAGGAACAGUCUUUUUAUCGAUACAUCAAAUUUCAAGUUUUCCAUCAGCCCAUUGUCAAUGCAGUCGUUGCUUUGUUUGCCUUUUUGGUUCUAGUUCAGAUCUAUUCCGACCGAAUUAGGAUAUUUGCACUCGAGCAGAGACUUUAUCAAGUUGAGCUUCAGCUCAAUAGUGCUCCAAGAGAAGAUUCACAUAAAGCAAAUACAGUUAUUCAAGAAACUGCUAAAACUGUUACGCCUACUACUAAUAUUGUUCCAACUGUGAAACCAGAGAGUUCAAAUAAAAAAUCUGAAUUCAAUGCAGCCAGUCUCAUUCUUGGUGCAACUGUGGAAACUGAAUUAUCCUCAAAUCCGGUUCCUUCUGGAGACGGAUUUCUCGACAAAUUAAUGUUCAAAUUAGGAUCUGAUCAAAGCGGUUAUGUUUUGUUAGAUCGAGAUCCAAUUCUAGCUGGUAAAGCAUGGUGUUCGGAUGAAAAGAAUCCGGUUCUGACGGUGAAGUUAGAAGAAGACAUAAAACCUAUUGCGGUGUCUUAUCAACAUUCGAAAUGGAAUGGAACUGUGCCAGCAGAUGCUCCAAUGACCUACGAUGUUGUGGCUUGCAUCAACGAAAGUUGUAACGUAACCGUAGCUCUUGCUUCAAACUGCAACUAUUCAUCAUCCAAAAAUGAGAAAGAACAAAAAUGUCAAAUAUCCAACACCUAUCCAUCAGUGAAUCGUGUGCAGUUCCGUUUUAACAAAAAUCAUGGGAAUUCUUCGAAAACUUGUUUAUAUUUGAUUCGUGUUUAUGGAGAAGCAAAAGAAGUCGUCAGAAACCAGAAGGAAGACAACGUGGAGCUUAAAAAAUCACGAGUUGGUCUAUGUUCCCGGUUGGCAUGGUUCCAUAAGAAAAUCCCAAUAUUUUAUAACGGACUUGCAUCGAAAAACUGCACCACAUUGUAUUCAAAUGAAUGCUGUGAUGAAUGUCCGGAGUGUUGUUCCGGAUGCCAAAUAAACGAUGGAGACUUUCUGAAUAAUUUCCAAUUCAUCCUCAUCUUUUUUGUUCUAUUUUUCAUUCUUUUUCCCAUUUAUAUUGCAGGAAUAUCUGCAUGUUGUGUAGGAUUGAGACGACUUUUUUCUAGAGCAUUUUAUUGA